AACCAAACUUGUGUUGUCGGUUUCUUGAUUUUGAACUGAGAAAAGGUGUGAAAUUUAUAAGCUUUAAAUGGGAUGAAUAGAGACAGUGGUGUUGAAGAUCUCGAGUUAGUGUUUAUUUGUAUUGUUUUGCUCAAGGCUGUCUGGUUUGUUGAUACAGAUAAAAAGACUCAAACUUUUUGUUUGAAUUUUGACGGAUUUAAUGUCAAAUCAGCAUCUCUCUUGUUUGACAUUUUCCCCAAUUUUCUGGUUUUGUCCGUGUUGGAAUUUUUUAAUUUUCUUUUUCUUUCUAGUAUUAGCACUAUACCUUUCUGGGAAUGUGAGAUAAGCUUGUUUUUAUUGCUGUUCCUUCUCCUAUAAGGAUUAUAGUUGGGUUUUAUAUUGUAUUGUUACACAUGAAAAAUGUUUGUUUAAGGCAAAAUAGAGUGAGAAAGUGGAUAUGGAGUGAGCCUAUUGGGUGUUCUUUCUCCCUCCUCUGAUGCUGAGCCCAUUGGAAAUUUAAAAUUGUGUGUUAAGUAUUCAAAUUCACAUGUAUGUAUACAUACUUCUGGUGGAAUGAGGUUAAGCACAAAUCAGAAUGUUAGUGAGAGCAGCAUAAUGAUUGAGGAUGGAAGUAGACUAGUAAUUUUGCAGCUAUAUUUCUGAUUUGGAGAAGCAGUAGCUAAAUAAGUAACUUCAGGGUUGGGAAUAUUCUUGGAUUCCACAUCACUCAUGGCACCAGGGAGUAGUGCCUUCAAAGAAGUUGUCGAAUCACAUCCAAAACAGAUGAAUCAUAAAACGUUGAAGAUGAAGGCGGAGAGUGGUACUGUAAAGACUAGUAUGUCACUGGCAGAGAAACACAGCAUACAUGGUGUUCAUGAGCUGCUUCAGUGCCCGACUUGUGCAGAUUCUAUGUAUCCUCCUAUUCAUCAGUGCCCAAAUGGUCACACAUUGUGUGCAAACUGCAAAAGAGUCCAUAAGUGCUGCCCAACUUGCCGUUUCGAGCUAGGGAACAUACGGUGUUUAGCUUUGGAGAAGGUGGCCGAAUCUAUGGAGCUUCCCUGCCGAUAUCAGAGCUUAGGCUGUCAAGAUUUAUUUCCAUAUUAUGACAAGGCCAAGCAUGAGAAACAUUGUCCAUUCCGGCCUUACACCUGUCCUUAUGCAAGCUCUGAGUGCUGUGUAACUGGUGACAUUCCAUUUCUCAUGGCUCACUUGAAGGAGGAUCACUCGGUUGAUAUGCAUGAUGGAUGCACUUUCAACCACAGAUAUGUCAAGUCGAACCCCCAUGAAAUCGAAAAUGCUACAUGGAUGCUAACUGUUUUCAACUGUUUUGGAAGACAAUUCUGCUUACACUUUGAGGCUUUCUUGCUCGGAACAGCACCUGCCUACAUGGCAUUCGUGCGUUUCAUGGGGGAGGACAGUGAUGCCAGGAAGUUCAACUACACUCUAGAAGUUGGGGCAUUUGGGCGGAAGCUCAUGUGGCAAGGAAUUCCAAGGAGCAUCCGCGACAGCCACAGGAAAGUACGCGACAGCCAAGACGGACUGAUCAUUCCAAGGAACUUAGCACUCUACUUCUCUGCCGGUAGUAGUCAGGAGCUUAAGCUGAGGGUCACAGGUCGGAUAUGGAAAGUUUAAGGCCGUCGAAUAUAUCUACUGUACAGUUCGUCUGAAGUCUGCGCCUCCCAGAGCUUACAAGGCCAUAUAGCAUUGCUUGGUUAUAUGUUGUUGUAUCAUUAAAAUCAGUUUUUUGUUGGCCCUUUGGAUCUAUGAGGAUGCUGGCUUAUGUUAUGCUUCCUCUUGGAUGCAAAAAAAUGGAUCUUCUUGAAAUGUAGCCUUUUGUUUCUGAUACUACUUUAUGUUUCCUUUUCA